GUUCACCAUCUGUAAGCAUGGCGGCGGACUUCAGGUGGAGAUGUGCUGUGCUUUUGCUCUGUACGUAUUUUAUAUGUAUUUUAGCAACGGACGGUGAAAAUAACAAGCCCAAGAAGAAGAAAGAUAUCCGAGAUUACAAUGAUGCCGAUAUGGCACGGCUUUUGGAGGAAUGGGAGAAAGACGACGACAUCGAGGAGGGCGACCUCCCUGAGCACAGACGGUCCCCACCGCCUAUCGACUUCUCCAAGGUGGACGCUUCUAAGCCUGAGGAGCUGCUGAAGAUGUCCAAGAAGGGAAAAACUCUGAUGGUGUUUGCCACGGUGGCGGGAGAGCCUACGGAGAAGGAGACUGAGGAGGUGACCAGUCUGUGGCAGAGCAGCCUCUUCAACGCCAACUUUGACAUCCAGAGGUUCGUGGUGGGCUCCAACCGGGUCAUCUUCAUGCUGCGAGACGGCAGCUUCGCCUGGGAGGUCAAGGACUUCCUGGUGGCCCAGGAGCGCUGCGCCGAGGUCACCGUGGAAGGUCAGGUGUUCCCCGGGAAGGCCGCCAAGGAAGAUGGCAGCGCCAAGGCAAAGCAGCAGAAUGAAGUGAACACCAAAAAGAAGGGCAAGAAGAAGUCGGAGGGCAAGAAACCCGACCUGGACGGCAACAGAGCAAGUAAAGCCAAGGUUGAACUGUGAUUGGCUGAUGAUUGAGAGAGGGAGAGAGCGAGAGCGAGAGAGAGAGAGAUGGGAUUGGCAGAACAAUCACAGGGCCUGUCCAGAACAGAAACAACCCCUAGCUUCUUUCACUUAAGUAUUUCAGAUCUGAGGCCAAUGGUUAAAAGCAAAAUGCAUUUGACUACUACCUAUCCUUUCAAUCAGGCUUUAUGGAGCUGCUACAGAUCUGCAGACACUGAAGUGGUAGAGGCUAGGGGAAGGGACUUGGAGAGAGGUUCAACGGUGACUCAGCACAAGUUAGUUUUGUGGCAGUCUGUACUCUAUCAAGCCUAUUAAAUCCAGGGUCAAUGACUGACCUCAGAGCAGGUGUUAAAGUGUAGCGUUGAGGUUUACAGUGUCUUUUACACACCUGUCACUGAGUCUGAAGGUCAACAUGUUAUUUUGUACGGCUUGUCAAUGACUUGUCUCUUUUACAAUGUAGGGGCUGUGUCAGAGAAUGUGAAAAAUUGUAUUUUGAAACGAGUUAUGAAUCCAACCAGUGCUUCAAUAUUACUUUUUGUCAUUGUUUUCCACUAUACUGUUCGACAAACAGUACAUUUGUUAGAGGCAUUGUAUUUCAUUAUUCCAAUAAAACAUUUAAGUAAUACAGGAAAUGAUUUGAGCACAAACUGAUUUUCCUACAUGUGCCAAAACCACUGAUUUUAGAAUUGAGAAAGGCCAAGUACUGCACUACGUAGGGAAUGGGGUGUGUCAUUAGGGACACACACAUAGAUAACUGUUGAUUUCUUGUGUUCACCUUCAAUAAUACAGUUGAGUUCAGUAUUGACUUGUAGCAUACAAUUGCAGUGGUCACAUUGUACAUGGAUCUUCACUAAAUUACAGAAUAAAAUGAUUUUCUUUCUUUGUCAAUCCUGUGAAAAGGGAGUCCUUGUUGGUUAAGUGAAUGGGUUGCUUUGUGUAAUAUGACAACUGAGAGACAUCAUCUCCUCAUCCUAUUUUACCAUUUUCCUCUUUUCCUCCCUGUCUUUCCAUUUCUCACACUUCUUAUUCUGGCGUAGCUGUCUGCUACAUCCCUGAAGGGGGGUGUGUGUGUGUGUGAACACAUUCCGCUUGGAAGGAGCAACAAAUAAAUGUAACUUGAUAGUCCAGUCCACUGCGUUAUGAGACUAUCUGCCUGUCCAUACAGACUCCCUCCAACUGUGUUGGGAUUUGGAUUGUCAUGUUCUGUGUAUCCCGUCUGGCAUGUUAUCUAAACGCUGGUGGACCGGAAGGAAUGAUGUUAAGCCUAGAUUCAAUCAGUUCAGCAUUAACCUGCUAUAACCAACAAACUUUCAGUUUUUAGUUUUCUGAUAUAAUACUUGGGCUGGAUUCAAUCCUUAUCAUCUAAGUAUCACGGAAGAUCCACGUUAAAAUGUAAAGGUAAUUUCCCAUUGAGUGGACAUGCAGCGUUUACUGUUAAUGCAGUCUCCGCGAGAGCCGGGGAACAUUGCCUUAUAAUUGUCAAUCACGCUAUAAAGCGGAUCUUCAGCACUACGGAUUGAGUAGAGCGCCUGAUUUUUCCUUUACAUAAGCCAACAGAGCCCCAGUGUUGUGUUUUAGAAGCAAGUAGGAAGCUCACAGUGUUACUGGGAGUUGGAGCACUGCAGAGGAUUGGAGGCAUCCGCUUAACGAGUCCUCUCUCUAGCGCUCGCACUCUCUCAGCAUGUGAGCAUAGCUCGGCAUUCCACAAUGAUUUAUAAUGGGCCUGGAACCACACCCUUUACUCUGAACACACACACACAAAGGAACCAGUGCAUGAGAACCAAUGGGGCUGGAGCCAACCAUUGCCCCUUGCUGAUGGUAAUUCCAACCUCCAGAACCCAUUAACUUCUCCAAUAACGCUGCAAACGGCACCCUAUUACCUAGUGCACGUCUUUUGACCAGGGCCCAUAGGGAAUAGGGUGCCGAUUGGGACGAAGCCUAAGAAUCCCAAACCAAAGUGUCUGUUGAAACGUGUAGGCUAAUGGUUGAAAUGUGGAACUGAUGUGUUUCUUGGUUCAAACAAUAAUUGGAUAACCGGUAGUAGAACAUCAUAAAUGUGUUACCGGAACGUUAACUGGUGUUUCUUUGCAGAAAGUCUUUAUUGAGGUGCGCGCACACACACACACACACACGCUUAUAAAUUCAGAGUAACACUCAGUUCAGUUAUUGAUUUAUUUCUGUACAAAAGUCAUUUAAAGAUGUUAAGUCAUGACAUUUAAUUACUUUACAAGCCCAAGUCACAUAUAGUACAUCACAUCCAUUUGGUGUAGGGUUAAAACAAAACAACGCGGUACCUACGAUGGGUCAUAUUAUGUCAUAUAGCAGUGUUUAGUAUGAUUGUUUUGAAAUGCUAUAGUAUUAUUUUUCUUACAUACAAUUCAGGACCAGAAUACAUUACAACUCAAAAGAUGUCCCUUGUAGAUUUUGUUCAAUUGUGUCUGUACAAUAAAUAAGUAUAAAAUAUA